UAUAUUGUUGUUAGUGGUUUAGUGGUGUGUAGGCAUUUGUAUGGAAUUUUGUUUAAAAAAGGAGGUCUCUAUUGGCCGCGUUUUUAUAAAGCUGAAAAUAAAACAAAUAAAAGUUUUCUCAAAUCAUCGAAAGAUAAAUAAAUUUGGAUCUCAUUGACGGUCCUCAACAGUUCAUUGUCAUUUGCAGUGUUUUUAAUGAAGAAGCAAACGUGGCAAACUUAGAAAUCAACUAUAUUAAUAAGGCGUAACAGAAAUCAACUUUAUUGUUAAUGAGUUUGACUAGAAACGCUGCGCGGACUGUCGUUAAAGUAUGUAAAGAUGCAGUGUCAACAACAUUUGAUAAGUUUCAUCUUCUAUUUAAUACUUUUGCCUACAUUCGUUGUGUGUUUGCUCGAUGGUUUGUAUUGCGGUAAACAAAAUUGUUACGAUGUUUUGGGAGUAACAAGAGAUUCAUCGAAAAAUGAAAUUGGCAAAGCUUAUCGCACACUGGCGCGUAAAUAUCAUCCGGAUCUUCAUCGUACGAUAGACACUAAAGCCGAGGCUGAAGUACAAUUUAAACAUAUUGCCACUGCUUAUGAGAUAUUAAAAGAUGAUGAUUCACGUAACAAUUAUGAUUAUAUGCUAGACCAUCCUGACGAAUAUUAUGCUCAUUACUAUCGCUAUUACCGGCGGCGUGUGGCCCCAAAAGUGGAUGUACGCAUAGUAAUUGUAGUUAUCCUGACUGUGAUUUCUAUUGUACAAUAUUAUUCCGGCUGGCAGCGCUACGACUCAGCAAUAAAAUAUUUUGCCACUGUACCUAAAUAUCGAAAUAAAGCGUUGAAAAUAGCUAGGGAUGAAAUCAAUGAGAAAAUCAACAAUCGCAAAGGCAAGCAACGCCUAAAUAAAAUCGAACAAAAGGAAGAGUUGGAGCGCAUAGUACGUAAAGUUAUUGAAGAAAAAAUGGAUGUGAAGGGUGCCAAACCAUCAUUAUGGGAUAUUUUGUUGGUACAGUUGAUUAUCUUCCCAUAUACUUUAACGCGGUGGCUAUUAUGGCAGUUAAACUGGCUAUGGCGCUUUACAAUAUGCAGAAGACCAUACGGUCAAGAAGAAAAAUUAUAUUUAAUACGCCGUUUAAUGAAAAUGAGUCAAAAUCAGUUCAAUACUUUGGAAGAUAGUCAAAUUGAGGAGUACUUGGAGUUGUGGAAACAGAAUGAAGAAGAAUGGAAACAAAAUAAGAAGCAGAAAUAAAGAAGACAUGAAAUGUAAGCUCCCCGUAAAUCUCGUAUAUAUUCUAUAGAUAUUUUAUAAAAGAUCAUGUAACAGGUCGUACUGCAUUUGGAAAUUAACAAAAACUUUCGCAAAUGUAUUUGUUUUGAAAUUUAGCCACAAUUUUACGUUCGCUUGCAGUUGUAUAUUCGUUCCGUCUCUGCUUUAGAUUUUAAGUUCCUAACAUCACACAAAUAAAUCGAAGUUUGCUUAGUUCUACACAGCAAGCCUUUACACAAAUACAA